UUGCCGUUAUAUAAAGCAGCAAGCAAAUAAAUGACGUGUGAAAGGAAGCAAGCGUCUCCCGAGACAAGCGGCGACUACGUGACCCCCAGCGGCUAUGAGCUGGACAAAAUCCUCAACCGUGGCUGCCCGGCGUACACGCCUUACAGCGGGGUGUGGCCUCAGGUCUACAUUGGCGACGAGGACACAGCGAAAGACAAGCUGAGGCUGAAGAGGCUGGGCGUUACGCACGUCUUGAACGCAGCGGAGGGCACGUGGAACAAUGUGGACACCGGAGCUGGUUACUAUGGCGACAUGGGCGUGGUCUACCACGGCGUGCUGGCCGCAGACACCCCGACAUUCGACCUCAGCCAGUAUUUUUUCUCAGCAGCCAGGUUCAUUGAAGCCGCGCUGAUGGACCCUCACAACAAACUCCUUGUCCACUGCGUGAUGGGGAGGAGUCGCUCGGCCACGCUAUUCCUCGCCUACCUGAUGAUCUGCCAGGACAUGACGCUGGUGGACGCCGUUGAGCAUGUGAAGACUCGCAGGAGAAUCAUGCCCAACUGGGGCUUCCUGAAGCAGCUGAGGGCGCUUGACGAGCGCCUCCUGCAGCGGCGCAAAGAAGAGAGUCAGCCGACGGAGAGAGAUGAGUCACAGUCGAGAGGAGCGUGAAAAGAAAAAAGAUGCCAGGAUUCCAAAUGUGUGUUAUUGUCUCGUCUUGCAUUUUCAGGCUAAAUGAAAGGAGAGAUGACAUACGUUAAUAUUCAUACAGGUCUAACUUUAGACUACAUUUGUAUUAAUUCAUCAUUUAGGUUUGAAAUUAGGAGUACAAACAAGCACAUGAAUAUUUGGACAGAAAUCAGUCUGCUUUAUUCAACAGAAAGCUGCCUGAAGGAGAUCUGUUACAAAAAGACUUCAGAAUUAUACAUACAUAUAGCAAUAAAAUCUCUCAAAGCGCAACAGAAAACAGGACUAAAGUUUACAUAUGUUGGUAUUUUUUUGUACAUUAUUAGAAUUAACAAAAUAUAGUUUCAUCUUUCUCCCUUUGCGGAGGGAAACCUAAUAAA